AUGGGAGGAGGCGAGCAUGGAGCAGAAGGAGGCGAUUUCAGAGCCAAAGUAUGGAGCAUGUCUGGUGGGCCUUACUGUAGGCCCAAGCAUUGGCGUCGUAACACCGCCAUGGCUAUGUUUGGCAUUUUCCUUGUCUGCAUCCCCAUCGCCAUGAAAUCUGCUGAGCUCGAGCAAAGGCCACACAUGCCCGUACGACCAAUUCCUUCACAGAUGUGGUGCAAGAACUUUGGAACCAAGGACGAUUACGAAAAGGAGCAUUAA